GCUGUUAGAGUGGCGGACUACAAAAUUCCCAAAUCUCCAAAUCUCGAAGAAUUAGGGUUUGCGAGCAUGAAGAAACCCCAACCCUCGUCCUCAAUUUAUUCUUCUUCGGCAGAAACCAUAGCCCACAAUCAGGACCUCCUCACCGAAAUCCUCAUAAGAAUCCCUUCAAAACAUCUCCUCAAACUUAAACUCAUCUCAAAACAAUGGUGUUCCCUCAUCUCCAGCCUCCAAUUCUCUCAUUACCACUCCCUUCACCACCAAAACCGAGGCUUUCUGACCCCAACAGCUCUCUUCCUAGGCAUCGGAAACUAUUACCGACCACCCUUUGAAUUACCCGCCCUUCCCUUAAACCCUGAAACCAGAGUUCCCCUCUUGGAUUUCAUUGCCGACCCACACUUCAAGAUCCUCCAAUCAUGCAAUGGCUUGCUCUUGGGUCAUUUCUAUUACAAUAUCAAUGAAGGGUUGAGGUAUUUCAUCUGUAAUCCUACUACCCGUAAGUUCAAAAUGAUAUCUUUGCCUGUUUCACAAUUGGGUUCUUUGCGUGCCGUUAAUUUAGCAUUUGAUCCUGUUAAAUCACCUUAUUAUAAGAUCAUUUGCGUGAGGAAAUUGCUUUCUACAAAUAAAAGGUUUGGUCUGUAUAUAUAUUCAUCCAAGUCUGAUGAAUGGGAUUCUUCUUGGAUUAGCUUUCGAGCCAACGAGUACAUAAGGUUUGACCAUGGAGUUUUCUUUAAUGGGAUAUUUCAUUGGAAUAGUAAUGGUCGGAAUUCUUUGCGGUUUGAUUUGGAGAAUAAAGUGUUAAAGAAAAUGCCAAUGUUGGCUCCUAUGUUUCAAGCUCCCGAAUCAUCAGAGGACGAAGAUAGUCGAUAUUUCGGGGAGUCUCGGGGCCAUUUGCAUCUUGGAGUUACAUAUAUGCCACUUUGUUUUAAAUUUAACAUCUUUGAGAUGGCGGCUGAUUAUUCCCAUUGGUUCCAUAAAUACUGUCUGAACCUGGAUGAUACAAUGAAAGCUUUCCCUGACUUGAGGUUUCCUGUUGUGGAUAUCUAUUAUGGAUUCCAUGUUUUAUCUGUUAUCCGAUCCGAAGGUGAAGAGUCUAAAGUUGUGAUUCUUGUGGAUUAUAAAGCAAUUUGUUAUGACCUAAAGGAUGGAAUUUUGUUAAAUGUACAUGAGCUGAAGCAGUGUGCUGAGACUCUCAAUCGUUGUCCAUUGAACUAUAUUGGGAUUCAAGUCUAUCAAUAUUUUGAGACCCUCUCUUGUGUUUGAGGGUCCUAACACUCUUUAACUUAAACUAGAAAUCUGGCUUGAUCGGAUGGGAACCACAUUUCUCAGGUCUUAUUUAGUAAAUAAUCUACUUAUUAUGUUGUAUGCUUACCAUUGUGCCUGCAUAAACUUUUCUGCAGUUAUAGGAGUUUGGGCUAUAGCAUGCUCAUAACCGAGGAAUUUUUACCUGUAUCAAGUGAAAUUAGCAAUCUAGUUUGCCUGUUCAUUUUUACUAA